GCAAGCAUCUUCCAGAAGUCAAACUCCUCCCUUAAGAGAAGACCUGCCAAGACAGAGAGAGCCACGCAGACCCAUAUAUGGCUCCCCUGCUUCUCACCUUCCCUUUACAUCAACACUUCCACUUCCUUCCUUGGACUCCCAGGUCCCUCCCCCAGCAAAGAAGGAAAGAAGGCAGGCUAAUCUCUUUUACUCUAACUGGGCGUUUCUCUUCCAGCAACUGUUUGCGCUGUUUCUGACACACACCAAAGGAAGAGCCUCAUAGCCACACUCCAGUUCCCUGCUCCGCAUCCCACCAACCUUCAUAUUUCUUCGCCACAACUCCACACCUGUGUUGGGUCCGAGGUGCCACCAUGCCAACACUGGAGCCUAACGUCCGCUCCCUGAUCUCUCCACUGGGCAUCGUCCGCUUCCUGGAGAUCCUGUUGUCCUGCACGGCCUUCAGCCUUGCGGCCGCUGACCACAGCUACUAUGGCUCCUACGGCGCCUGGUCCAUGUUCACCUGGUGCUUCUGCUUCAGCAUCUCUGUCUUGAUCGUGGUUGUGGAGGUGGCAGGCUUGACAGAGUCCUUGCGAAUCUCCUGGCAGGACUUCACCUCCGCUUUCUCCAUGCUAGCCGCUUUAAUGAUCUUCACCACCUCCAUCAUCUACCCAUCGACUUUCAUCCCAGGCUGCUCCAAAUGCAGCUACAGGGCUGCAGCGACCGCCAUGUCCUGCUUUUGCUUCGUCGCCUAUGCCAUUGAAGUGGGAUUGACUCGAGCCAAAGAGGGGGAGAUCAGCGGCUUCCUUGCCACUGUCCCUGGCCUCCUGAAGGUCUUUGAGGCCUAUGUGGCAUGUCUCAUCUUCUCCUUGGUAGCCAACAAAACUGACUACAAUUACUUUGCGGGCCUGCAGUGGUGCCUGGCUAUCUACUGCAUCUGCUUCAUCGUCACCUUGGUCAUCAUUAUCCUCACUGUCGGACGCUGCCUUGCCUCCCUGCCUUUCCCUUUGGAGAAAGUCCUGGUGGGCUACAAUGUCUUGGCUGUCCUCUUAUAUAUUACGGCUGCCGUUGUAUGGCCUCUAUAUAGCUUCAGAAACUAUUCAAGGCCAUCUUCAUGUAACAAUCAUGCUUGCGACAAGUGGAACAACCGGCUAGGUGUGACCUUCCUCACUUAUUUCAACCUCAUCGCCUACAUUGUGGACCUGGUCUACUCCUCCAAAAUGGUUUUCAUCACCGCUCCAGCUUAGGCUUCCUCACCCGAGAAGAACUGAACCUCCUUAGAAUAAAAGUUAUGACUGAGUACAAAGACAGCAACCAACAUCUUGCAUCUGGCGAUGAGCUGGUUUUUGAGUUAUUGUCAUUGCUUUUAUUUGUUGUUUUUUUCCUUUGGGGAAUAUUUCAUCCAUUGUUCUUUAGUUUAAGAUAGUACUUUGUUGCCAGAGCCUUUCUUCCUCAAAGCACUGAACCUUUCAAUUCUUCUGGCUUCCGUGAAAUAUAGGCACCUCAUAGAAAUGACACUGUAAGUUGAUGUUUCUAAUUUGCAUGUCCUCCUAUUGUCUCUGUUUGGUAGGGAGAGUCCCAAGUCAUUCUCUGCUGUCUCACCUUUUUAUGGGCUGUCUUCUCUCUCCUCCCCCCACUUCCGUCCUUUCUCCUUGGCUAAUUUCAAUAGCUGCAAAAACAGUUCUCUCACUGUUUUUGCAGCUAUUGAAUUGAGAAAAACGAGAAAAGGGUGAAAACCUAUCCUUCCCAGUUAUAUCUGGCAAAAGCAAACUCCUAGCUUGUGUUUCCUCCUCCUUAAUAACCUUUGAUCACAUUCAGAUGCUUAAUUUUAAUCUGAAAUGUUAGCAACAGUGAUUUGGGCCAAGAAAGAAAAAGAUUCUUGAACACACAAGUUGCUUGAAAUAAGAAUGGCAGCUCUUCAGAGAGAAAGAAGUGAGAGGCAAUUCAAAAUGGGGAAAGUGAGUUUCAGGAUGAGAAGUGGGACAACAGAGUAAAAUCCAAUUACAGUUGCACUUGGGACCUCAGCAGGUAAAACAUAUUGUAACCUUUGCUCUCAGGUGGGGAUGCAGAUAAGCAUUUUCCGCCUACUUUUGCCUGAUAAAUUUGCACUUGUUGCAGAGUAGAA